GUAAUAUAAUAUAACGCCUUACCCUUCUUUGUAUUGGAGUUACAGUUGGGAGGAUUCCUCAUGGCCAUGCAGUUGCACGGGUUAUUUGCGAUAGUCGUCUUGCUUUUGUUAGGGACAACUGACGGACAGAAAUAUAACCUUACCAAAGCAGUGCAGUCAUCUCUUGUUCAGAGUCAUGACCGGCCCUCCUCGGUUUGCAACGUUCCCGGUGUGUGCGUCCCGGUCAACCAGACAAUAGAAGCUCGCAGCAUGUGGUACUGGUGUGGCUUCAUGUCUACGCACCGCACGCAGUACACCGUGACUAGCACCAGCAGCACGGCCAACCUGACCAACAUGUUCCUCAUGCGGCGCGAGCAGGUUGAGGGUUGCGCAUUGAACAACGUGACUUGGGUUGGGGACAGGUGCCUGACGGUACCAGAUUCUUCAUGUAGCGGCAAGAAGACAUGUGACAUACGCGUGUUUGGGCUGGUUUUUCCGGACGAUGUCUGCUUAGUCAUCAUCAACAACAAAGGAAGCAAUAUUGUAGCCAAGGUGCAAGCUUGGAACUACUUUGACAGGCCCCGGUACUACGGCACCUGCUUUGUGUUGAUGUUCACUGUAGCGGGCAGCCUUGCGAUCCUCGCGAAUGUGGGGUAUCAGGUCUACACCAUCAUUA